AUGCCACUUGUGCCGUGCCCCUUAAUUGUGCCUGGGCCUCCACAGCAGCCACACCCAAAUCCUCCGAACCCAAUCAGCUUCCAUGGAUCCUGCAACGUCUCUCCCAGGGGAGCCAGGGGGCCUUCGCCUACUCGCCGAGCUUGGUCGCCUCCACCGCAAAUAAUGCCAAGGGUCCUUUCACCGGCAGCCCAGAGGGAGGCACCGACUAACCUGUACAGUCCCCGCACGCUUGUGCCACAGGCAACUCACCAUGCACACCUCCAACAUUCCCCAAGGCAACAUCAGCGCUCUCCAGUGCAGUUUCAGCCGCACGCCCUGGCCCAAAGCCACAUGCAGGCUCGCAGUCCCCCCAGGCCCAUGCAGCCCAUGCAGGCUCAGAACCAUCAGAGCCCCCCUCCCACACCCAUCACCCACAGUCAACCAAGGCAGAUCCACCCAAUUGUGCAUGCUCCGCCACCAGCGCAGGCCCAUGCCAAGACCAUGCCUGCAGCUCCUGGCAGCCAUCCACCCGCCAGUUGGGUGCCAGCCUCCCCGCGUGUCCCAGAACCAUUCCAAAGACCUGCGUCUCCGCACCUAAUCAACACUCAGCACUUGCCCGUGGAGUACAUCGCCUCGCCAGAACAGAUGUACCGCAUGCUCGCUUCGCAGGGCAGAGCCAUGGCGCCACCUGGGGUCCUGCAGCUGUCUGCGCGUUCUAGCCCAGAGCUUACGCCGCGCAAGCUGGCGACCUCAGACAAGCUCAGCCCGAGUCCAGCUCAGGAGGAGCCCGUAGACUCUUUGGCAAAGCAGCUGCGUGCCCUUCAGGCAGCGAAGGUCGAUGCUGCCGCCAAGCAGGCAGAGAGCGACCAGUUGAUAGCACAACGUCAGGACUGGUUGAGAAAGGAGACUUUCUCUGCGUUGUCCGCUCACAACCUCGGAGAUCUUCUGAGGCGAUGGGGCGCACCAGAGCAACCUCCCGACUGGGAGUCGCCCCGAUCACGCCAUGAGACCCUGGCCGAAAGCCCUGUGCCAGUGGUGGAGGAAUCGCCACACGAAGCACAGGAGGCCGUAGAUGAAAGCCAGGAACAGGUGCCGGAGGAGCCGCCAGCAGUGGAGCCGGAGAUACCGCAGCCACCCAGCGAACCUGCACCGCCGCCAGCUCAUGAAAGGGCCAAGCAAGCAUCCAAGGCUUCCGUUUCAAGUACCUCGCGCACAUCGGAUCCAGAAGUGCCCAAGGAGCCAUCCCAGAGCUUGACCCAGAGCUCUCGAGGCCCGCGGCCGUCGUCGCUGUCCUUAUCAGCGGAGGAAGCCCGGCGCUGCACGGCCGAACUUGCAGCCUUGGCGAGAAACGUUUCAGCGAAGGAGCUGCGCGAGCUGCGCAUGCUCAAGCGGCCCCCUCAGGCCGUGAUGAAACUGCUGGAGGCCCUGAGUAUUAUCUUGGGUGAGAAGGACCUGCGGCCAGCGAACUUCCGGAAGCUCCUCUCCGACUCCUUGCCCCAGCGCUUGGGUGCUGUGGACGUCGCUUCCCUGGGCGCCGCGCGGGCUGCCAAGCUUCGGUCGCUGCUCAGCCCUCCAGAUGCGAGCGCAGAAGCUGUGUCCAGGAUUUGUCGACCAUGCACUUCCCUGGCUGAGUGGUGUAGCUGCUUGUAUUCCUUCCUGUCUCGAGCACAAGAUCACACAGAGCUGGAAAAUAAGGAGAAGCAGACCGGUGAGCCUGAGAAGUCACAACCAGACACCGCGUCACGCCCUGCCGUGGAUCACUCUAAGCUAAUUGUGGAGCCAGACCUGUCGCAGAUGACAAGCGACGAACUGUCAGAAGUGCGUGACUUGACCGUGACGAAACCGGACAUCGGCACCGUUGUCUUCCAUGGCCUCACGGAUUGUCGAGACCUGGACAUUGCUCAGACGGUGGUGCUCAAAAGGGGCUAUGUGCUGGUCUACCCAGAUCCGGCCAAAAAGCCCCCACCCGGCGAGGGCUUGAACAAGCAUGCUACCGUGACGAUGUACCAGUGUUUUCCUCCAGGUGGCCAUGUGAAGGAUGAGCAAGCACUUGCAGACUACAAGGUGAAAAUCAAGAAGAUGACCGAAGAGAAAAGCGCUUGCACAUUCAUCGACUACGACUGCUUGACGGGUGUCUGGACAUUCGAAGUUGAAAGGUUCUGA